GAAACACGCACGCGAUCGACGUAUAAUACGCGCAUGUGGUCACAUUUUGCGAAAGACCUCAAGAUACCAUAAGGUCUUUUGAAAGCUAGCUUAAGAUACCAUCAUAAGGUUAUUUAAACCGGCUAUUAAAGCUCGGUAAUAGUUUGUAGAGGUUGUAGUGAGUGAAAUUUUGGAAAAAGCGGAAGUUUCAUGUGAGUGUGUAGGGGUGCGGGUCGGGCGAUGCGCGUGCGGCGAGAGAGGGCGCGCACUGGAGGCGGUAUGAGGACCAGGUGAAGCCGAGGCUGAUGGGGCGCGGGCGGGUGCUGCUGCUGGCGGUGGCGGCCUGCGUCGCAGCGGCGGCGGGACUGUGUGGCAGCGGUGGCGGUGGCGGUGGCGGGGGCGGCGCGGCGGCAGCGGCGGGCUGCGCGUGCGGCGACGGAGGCACGCGCAUGGACUGCCGCGGCGCCGGCCUGCGUCGUCUGCCGCCGCUUCACGAGAAUUUGUUAUCAUUAGACGUGUCUAACAACAACAUCAGCACGCUGCCUCGUGACGCGCUGCAGCCGGCGACAGGACUGCGCGACCUGAACCUGUCAUCGAAUCGCCUGGAAUCGGUGUCGGCAGGCGCGCUGGCCGGCGUCCCGCUGGCGCGCCUAUGGCUGGACCGCUGCGCGCUGCGCCGCCUGCCCGCGCACGCGCUGCGCGACCUGCGGCACCUACACUACCUGUCUGCGGAGGACAACUACCUUUCGGAAGUGGAGGAGGGGGCGCUGAGCGGCGCGCGCGCGCUGCGGACGCUGCGGCUGGCGCGCAACACGCUGCGGCACCUGCCUGCGCACGCGCUCGCGCCGCUGCACCGGCUACAAGCGCUGGACCUAUCUGGAAACCUGAUCAGCGAGAUAUCUGCCACCAGCCUGCCGCCCCUCGCCGCGCUGCACACACUGUUGCUGCGACGGAAUCGCAUCACGCACAUCGACCCGCAAGCCUUCGAGGAUACUCCUAACAUACGAGUGUUACGCCUGGAUGACAACCUGCUGACGGAGGUGCCUCUUGCCGUGCGCCUGCUGCCCCAGCUAGAAGACCUGUCGCUGGGCAGCAACCGCGUGGAAGUGGUUGUGGAGGGGGUGCUGCAGGGCGCGCGGCGACUGGCCCGCCUCGAGCUGCGCGCCAACCCGCUGAGCCGCGUGCACCAGCGCGCGCUGCUGCACCUGCCGCACCUCACCACGCUCGUGCUGUCGGAGGCGCGCGGUCUCCGCGAACUGCCGUCGCUGAACGGGUCGCUGCGCCUGCGCACGCUGCGGGCGGACCGCGCGCGCCUCGCCGCCCUGCCGCCCGACCUGUGCCGCCACGCGCCCCAGCUGCGGACCCUAGAUGUCAAGUCCAACCUGCUGGAUCGAGUGCCGGAUCUGCACGAGUGCUCUGAGCUGCGAGUGUUGGAGCUGUCGGACAACAGCAUCUCUUCGCUGGAGGGCGACGACCUAGCGGGGCUGGGACGGCUGCAUGACCUGGUGCUGGCGCGCAACCGACUGCGCCGCCUGCCCGCGCGAGCCUUCGCGCACACGCCCGCGCUGCAGCUGCUAAACCUGGAGGAAAAUCUUAUCGAGCAUAUUGACAUGGAAGCGUUCGUUCCAAUCUCCAAGCUGGAAGACUUAAACGUGGGCAACAACGUGUUCCCGUGGCUGCCGGCGAGCGGGCUGCAGCGCCUGCUGCACCUCAAGGCGCAUAACAACCCACACCUGCGGCACUUCCAUCCCCCCGAGCUGUUCCCCAGGAUACAGACGCUGGUGCUGUCGUACGCGUACCACUGCUGCGAGUUCAUGCCGCUGAUGGAGGGCGGCGAGGAGGAGGCGGCGCCCGAGGGACUCAGCGACCUCGUGUUGCUGCCCCCGCCCGCCCUCGACCCCGCCGCCUGGGCCAACCUCACCGACCUCUGGCCGCAUCUCUUGAAUGUGUCGGGCGGGGCGGCGUGGGGCGCGAGUGAGAGCGAGGCACGGGGCGCGGCCGACGCGCGCGCCGACAUGCCGCGCCGCGUGCACUGCCUGCCGCUGCCGGGUCCUUUCCUGCCGUGCGUGGACCUGUUCGACUGGUGGACGCUGAGGUGCGGCGUGUGGGCGGUGCUGCUGCUGGCGUUGCUAGGCAACGGCACCGUUGUGUUCGUGCUGGUGUUCAGCCGCAGCCGCAUCGACGUGCCGCGCUUCCUCGUCACCAACCUCGCCGCCGCCGACUUUUUCAUGGGCCUCUAUCUGGGAUUUCUGGCGGUGGUGGACGCGGGCACGCUGGGCGAGUUCCGCGCGCACGCGAUCGCGUGGCAGAUGUCGGGCGGGUGCCGGCUGGCCGGGUUCCUGGGCGUGCUGUCAUCCGAGCUGUCCGUGUACACGCUGGCCGUCAUCACGCUGGAGCGCAACUACGCCAUCACCCACGCCAUGCACCUCAACAAGCGGCUGUCGCUGCGCCACGCCGCCAUCGUCAUGGCGGCCGGCUGGGCUUUCUCGCUGCUGAUGGCCGCGCUGCCGCUGGUGGGCGUGUCCGACUACCGCAAGUUCGCUGUGUGCCUGCCCUUCGAGACCGGCUCGCCUCUCGCGCUCGGCUACGUGGUCGCGCUGCUCGUCGUCAACGGCGUCGCCUUCCUCGUGCUGCUCGGCUGCUACCUCAAGAUGUACUGCGCGAUCCGCGGCUCGCAAGCCUGGAACUCGAACGACUCGCGCAUCGCGAAGCGCAUGGCGCUGCUCGUCUUCACCGACUUCCUGUGCUGGUCGCCGAUCGCGUUCUUCGCGCUGACCGCCGCGUUCGGCGCGCAACUCGUCUCGCUCGAGGAGGCGAAGGUGUUCACCGUGUUCGUGCUGCCGCUCAACUCGUGCUGCAACCCGUUCCUGUACGCGAUCCUCACGAAGCAGUUCAAGAAGGAUUGCGCCCUCGUGUGUAAGGCGAUCGAGGAGUCGCGCGUAACGCGCGGCAUCGGGCGCUGCCGGCACUCGUCCAACUUCAGCAACAGGCAGACGCCCGCCAACACGAACAGCCUCAACGAGCGCUCGUCGCGCGGCCAGCACGGCGCCACGUGCGCCUGCCGGCGUCUUCUGCCGGACGCGGCGGCCGCACCGGUGCAGUCCGGCCGCGCCCUGCCCUCGUCCGGCGCCGGCGCGGCCUCGGCCAGCCCCGCGCCCGACACGACGACGGCGGGCGGCGAGCGGCUGCUGCGCUGGCUUCGCGCGUGCGGUCGGCGCGCGGCCCCCGCCCCGGCGCCUGCCCCGCGUCAAUCGGCGCCGGCGCCGGUGCGUGCGGGCUCGGUGUCGUCGUCGGUGGAGUUCUCGUCGUCGCGGUCGGACUCGUGGCGCGCGUACGGCCGCCCGCCGCCGCCGCCGCGGCGCGCCGCCUCGUGGUUGGUCGCGCGCAAGACCUCGCAGGACUCCAAUCUGUCGUCGUCGCGAAACGACUCGUCCGGCUCGAACGCGACCGCUUCUACGGGCACGUGGCGUACUUCGCGCUCGGGCGGUAGCAGCGCAACGGGACCGGGGGCGGGAGGCGGGGUCGGGGCGGGCGGAGCGUCGCGGCCGCGGCUGACGCGGCAGCCGGCGGUGGUGGCGGACGAGCCGCCGCAGUCGCCGGGUGGGGUGGCACUGCCGGCGCCGCGGCACCUACAGACGAUCCCGUCAGCGGCGGAGCCGGACCCGGCGACGGACGCGGCCCAGGAGCCGACGGGGGGGAGCCCGGAGGCGGGCGCCGCGCGGUGAGAUGCGCGCCGCCUUCACUCAGUGUCUUAUGCAGCCGUCCAGUGUCGCCGCCGGGAACGCCCCGUGUGGAUACGCGAUCUCCCAAAGACACCACCCGCGAUCGUAUUAGUUGAAAUCGGGAAGAGCAGGGUCGAUUCUUGAAUUCCAUCGAGGCCUCGGCCAGGGAAGAGUCCUCGAAAUUUUGGUAAAUGUUUUAUCUUCCCUUGUUUUAGUUCCCCGACUCUUCCCGUCCGCUCGCAGCGGAGUAUCCUGGAGCAUCGCAGAUGUCGAAAUGUGGCGAAAACUGACAAAUAAAUGACGUUUUGUACAGUAUUAAAUUAUAUGAAAUCGGUGGACAGAUCGAUGUAAUAAAACUGCGACACGUAAAUCGUAUUAAUAUUUUAUUUAGACAAAUUUACCGUAUUGUACUUAUUAAAUGACACUUGAAUGGUUGAGCUAGAAAUACUAGUAAUUUUUUGAGAAAUGUGUGAAGAUCGUACCGUGUACGUGAACCCACUGAUGACGUAUAUUUUCGAAAGACAUUGUACCGUGGAGCGGGGGCGGGCUGGACCCCUUCACUUUAUUAAUUGUUGCAGAGCCACUUGUACAUACAUACGUCGUAGCCUUAAAUAACAGUGAUAAUGAGGCGGCGGCGGCUGCUCCACCCUGUGCCAUAUCUACCUACCCUCCUAUCUCACUCCUACCAAACUGAAUAUGCUCAAUAGUAUGUUAGUGAAGUGCCAAAUUAUCUAAAACUUUUGGUAUCCAGCAUUUUGAUAGAUGUUUUUCUUUAAAAUUGUUCUUAUUUACUUUGUGCCAUCAAAGUCAUUGUUGAUUUUACUGUAGUUUAAGCAGAAUUGAAACUAGUGGUAAUGCGUUCCCUCUCCCGUAACGGGCGUGAUAUCAGAUUGUGAAAGUGCCUGCAGAUUUGCUGUUUCUUUUGUUCCGUAAACGUCUAGUACAAUUUGUGUAAACAACAUAAGUCAGCACUGUGAUUCAUUUUGACAAAUCAAGGUCUUUUAACGUUUAUUUACCCCCUUAUAUACAGGUGUAUAAAAUAAUGGAAAAAUAGUAGAACAGACGAUUGAGGUCGUAUAUCGCGGCCAAUCCUAUAGGGCACUUACGACUACGAUAAAUACGCUAGUGUGAGCAGCCGGGCCGGCGCCGGCGCGCCUCGUCGGUAGUGUUGUUACGCGUAUUGUCAGAUACAUUAUAUUGUUGGUUAUUAAUUACAUUUUAUAAAUGUAGCCGUAAUUACGAUUAAGAAUUAGUUGUAUAUACCGAUGUCUAUUUAUUGAAGUGUCCGAAUGCAGCGUGAUUGAGAGUUUUAUUUAUUUAACUUAUUGUAUACGUAAUGCGC